GCAAAGUUCAUUUCAACAGAUCCCCUUUUCUUCUUCUUCUUUUCCUCUUGAUUCCAUUUCCCCUGACUGCAGCAGUGUGAAGAUGAGAAGAGGACUCAAAGCCAAUGAACUGUUGCCUUUCACAGUACAGUUCCUGAGAGGACGAUGGUUCGCACUUUUUGCAUCGUUCCUAAUCAUGGCUGGUGCUGGUGCAACAUAUCUAUUUGGAACCUACUCCAAGGAGAUCAAAGCCACUCUGAAUUAUGACCAGACGACGCUCAAUCUCUUAGGCUUCUCAAAGGAUCUGGGUGCCAACGUUGGGGUCAUUUCCGGCCUUAUUGCCGAGGUAACUCCCACUUGGUUCGUGCUCCUACUCGGCGCUGCUUUCAACUUCGGCGGCUAUUUCAUGAUUUGGUUAGCCGUGACCGGCAGAAUAGCCAAACCCAAGGUUUGGCAAAUGUGUAUUUACAUUUGUAUAGGAGCCAAUUCCCAGAAUUUUGCAAAUACUGGAGCUCUCGUCACUAGUGUAAAGAACUUCCCUGAGAGCAGGGGAUCAAUGUUGGGUCUGUUGAAGGGAUAUACUGGACUCAGUGGAGCUGUAAUGACACAAAUUUACUUGGCUGUUUACGGGAAUGAUUCGAAAUCUCUCAUCCUUCUUAUCGGAUGGCUUCCGGCUGCGAUUUCGGUCAUAUUUGUGUAUACAAUUCGGACACUUAAGCCUGUUAGACACCCUAAUGAGAUGAACGUGUUUUACCAGUUCCUCGGUGCCUCAAUUGUGCUAGCGAUUGUUCUCAUGGCGAUAACCUUAACAGAGAAGCUUGUUAAUUUCUCGAGAGCUGCAUCGGCUGGCGCUGUCACGGUGGUUUGUUUCCUUGUCUUUGUUCCUCUUUUUAUCUCCAUUAGAGAAGAAUUACUAGUUUGGAAUAUCCAGAAACAACCAAUUAAUCCUCCGACCCAGAUAACUGUUGAAUCAAAGCCAAAACAGGGCGAUGAAACGGUAGAAAAGUCUUGCUUUCUAACCAUUUUGGAUAAGCCCGAGAGAGGAGAGGACUACACAAUUUUGCAAGCACUGACGAGUGUUGACAUGCUGGUAUUGUUUCUUUCUACAUUCUGUGGACUCGGAUCGAGUUUGACCGCGGUCGACAACUUGGGGCAAAUCGGCGAGUCUCUCGGCUAUCCGAACAAAACAGUCACUUCAUUUGUUUCACUCGUCAGCAUCUGGAAUUUCUUCGGAAGGGUGUUUUCUGGGUUCGUGUCUGAGACAUUGAUCGUUAAGUACAAGCUUCCGAGACCAUUGAUGAUGACGAUGGUCCUUCUAUUCGCAUGCAUUGGGUACCUACUGGUUGCAUUUCCAGUCCCGGGUUCACUCUAUGUAGCAUCCAUCAUUAUUGGAUUCUCAUUUGGUGCGCAGUUGCCCUUGAUUUUCGCCAUCAUUUCCGAACUUUUCGGCCUAAAGUACUUCUCUACACUGUUCAAUUGUGGGCAGUUGGCUAGUCCUCUCGGCUCAUACAUAUUCAAUGUGAAACUUACUGGAUUUUUAUACGAUAGAGAGGCGAUGAAGGAUCUUGCACAAAGGGGUCUAACACGAGCCUCUGUGAAAGAAUUGACCUGUAUGGGCACUCAUUGUUACAGGUUGUCGUUUAUAAUUCUGGCUUUUAUUACGUUCUUUGGAGCAUUGAGUUCUCUCAUUUUAGUGGCCAGAACCCGGAAGUAUUACAAAAGCGAUAUAUACAAAAAGUUCAGAGAAAAUGCCGAGAGUGUUGGUUAGAUGAAACAUGGUUUACAGCUUCCUUCCGCAUAAUUUAAAUGUGCCUUUUUUCUUUGGUUCAAUUUUAAAUGUAAUUUUAGAACUUUCAUAUGGCUUUGGAAACCAUACCAAAUGUGCUCAGUGACUAGCGAUAUUAAUGGCUUUAAUCGUUUUGUCCAUGUGCUCACCCAUAUUUUGUUGGGAUUA